GGGCAGCAGAUGACCCGGCGCAGCGGCGAGGAGCACAACAAAUGAAAGGAUGGGGGGCACCAGCGGCAGCAGCAGCUGAGUUCAGUCAAACUGGAUCGGGGGCCGAGGGGGCACAGCAACUUUCUUCUCACUCCUGGGUGACUUUUCUUGGAUUUAUUUCCCGCUCCACAACAAUAUGCCAUUUGCCAAAAGAAUAGUGGAACCCCAGUUACUGUGCAGGUAUCAAGUCCCAAACGAGGAGGGUCUGGUUUUCGAGGAUCUGGUCUCCAUCAGUAAUGUGGCUCUAUCUCGGACCUUGCGGCAGCUGUCGGACCUGGCCAAACAUGCCUACUCCAUAUUCCAGGAGCUGGAAAACGAGCUCACAACCACCAACCAGCGGGUCCGGGGGCUCCAGGGCAGGAUCGGCCAACUUCAACAGACCUGCUCCGAGCUGGACCCCAAACAGGAGGCAGUGCCGGUAUCUAACCUGGAUGUGGAGAGUAAGCUGACAGCACAUUACCAAGCUCCCUGGCAUCAGCAGAGGAACGUUUUCCAUCCCUCUACGCGGCCAGAAUGUGUGGAAGAGCUCCACAGGCAAGCCAAAACCAGCCUGUGGGCCCUGCACCGAGGUGAGGCCCUCAGGAGCACUCAGCUCCUCAGAUUAUCUCCAUGUUCAUUCCUGCCAUGUGCUUUUGUCCUUUUUUGUUUGUUUGUUUUUCACCCUGUAAUUCAGUUCGAAUCCACCCGCUCCUCCUCCCCUACAGAAUGUUGCCACUUCUCUCCCUGGAGCAGAAAGGCUGUGCCCUCUGACCCCGACUCUGACGGGGUGGCUCUAGGUCACCGGUCUAAGUUUCCCAUCCCUAACAUCCCCUCCACCCUGGACAAGCAGACUAACUGGUCUAAAGCUCUGCCGCUGCCCACUCCAGAAGAGAGAAUGAAAAGCAAUUCCCAAGUCAUCACCUCAUGUGUCAUCCCCAUUAAUGUGACCGGGGUUGGCUUUGACAGAGAUGCUAGUGUGCGUUGCUCGCUCGUUCACUCGCAGUCUUUGCUUCAGAGGAGACGGAAGCUGAGGAGACGGAGGACUGUUGCCGGCGUUCCGAGACAGGUGCAGCGAGACUUAGAUUCUGAUGACUCUCCUGGCUCCAGAGAGCGGACAGUGAUAGUUCACGCCAGUGCAGAUAUCACCCCUUCCAUCCAAGAGUUUGCCAGCCAUCUCAACACCAGAGACUCGGGUUGUCAGACAGAAGACUUUUUGAUCUCAGGAGCACCAUCUCGAAGGAGGAUCAGGCUCCAGAGAGGCCCGGGAGUCUCCCUCUCCCUCUCACAUUCUGCAGGAAACAUCUCCUCCCUCCCUGAGACCUCGGACGCCAUGUUCAGUGCCUCCGUUGGAGCACACCUGCGUUCUCGGAGUCUGCCCCGAGACACCAGCCGAAUGUUGGACAACGGACAUAACGACAGCGACGAUGAGGAGGACCUUUCCCCCUUCGACACUGAGGGGUUUCUGACUGGAUCUAGGAAGUUGACUCUGAAGGAUGAAGAGGAGAGUACUGAUGACCAGGCCAUGUCUGAACACCAGCUAGGAAGCCUUAAGUACAAGCAGCUCUCACAGAGUCCGGAGCGCAGCUGGAUGGAACGGACCAGAUCUCACCUGCCUAGAAAAGCUGACAUGGGCAGCUGUGAGAUCUCAUCUAGCUCGGACACCUUCAGCAGCCCUAUGCACUCCAUCUCUGCUGCAGCAGUGCUGGGAGGCCAGAUAGACCAUAAGGAGGACCACCAGUCCUCCAGCGGGAACUGGAGCGGGAGCAGUUCCACAUGCCCCUCCCAGACAUCAGAAACAAUCCCUCCUGCCGCAUCUCCACCUCUGACCGGCUCCUCCCACUGUGACUCUGAGCUCUCUUUAAACGCUGCCACUCAUACUAACGAUGACCAGACAGGCUUCUUGCUGGACCACUAUCAGGGCCUCAGGACCCAAAGAGCAGGCUCCUUCUCCUCCACAGCUAUGGACAUAUUAGAAGAAGUUGGUGUCAGCAAUCCCAUCGAGGGGGAGUGGAGUUACCCCAAUCCAGAGCCUCCGGGGUCACAGGGCUUCAGCCCCGAGCCAAGAAGAGAGGCUGAGAGCAGUCUGGGCUGCCCCAGUUUCACCAGUAUGGCUACCUGUGAGAGCAGCUUCUCCGACAAACCACCGUCAGAGAAAGCAGACACCGUCUCGCACUACUCUGUGGACAACGAAGGUUACUACACCUCCAUGCACUUUGACUGCGGCUUAAAAGGUAGCCAAAGCUUCACUUAUAAUAACUAUGCACCCUCAGGCACUGACUGUGGCCUGUCAGACUCAAGUGGUCACAUGACACUGGGAAGACGCUGCCUCUCCUUAAAAAAACCAAAGGUGAAGCCAUCGCCACCUAAGAGGAGCUCCUCCUUAAGGAAAACAUGCAGUGAGGGAAACAUCCCUAUUAAGAAAGAACCAAAGAUUACAUGUGGGCAGCAACUUCAUCUGUCUGCAAAGGAGAGGAAACUGCAGCUGGCUUUGUCUGGCUCUCUGGCUCACACUGAAAACUCCUCAGUGGUCAGAGAAACCCGGGUAGGCUGGGGGGUUGAGGGCUCAGCUGAUCUACCCGACUUAGUCUCCACAGAUACACAUUCAUUUAAGGAUGAGGGGGUUUUGCAGUCAGACUAUGCAGAUCUGUGGCUCCUGAAUGAUUUGAAAUCCACAGAUGCUUACCGAUCGUUGUCAAACUCCAGCACAGCUACAGGUACGACGGUUAUUGAAUGCAUCAAGUCACAGGAUAGCUCUGAGUCGCAGACGUCCCAGUCUGGCUCCAGAGCUACCACCCCUUCACUUCCAUCAGUCGAGGAAGAUUUCAAGCUCAUAUCCCCAGAGAAGUUGGCAGGCCUGGCAAGCCCAUCCAGUGGCUACUCCAGUCAAUCAGAAACACCCACCUCCUCAUUUCCCUCUACCUUUUUCCCUGGGCCACUGUCUCCAUCAAGUGGUAAAAGGAAGCCCAAAGUCCCAGAGAGGAAGUCCUCUCUCUCAUCACUGUCACUUCAGUCACUGUCCUCUAGGGAUGGUGCAACCUCAAAGAGAGAUCUGGAGCUGCCAAUUAUCCCUCCCUCUCAUCUCGACUUAAGUGUCCUUCAUAGCGUCAACAACAAGGCGACAGCUUACAAGACCCAGAUGCAAAUCCUUCACCAAAACAAACAAAAAGCAGCAGUGUCAGCCAAGCCUAUAGUACCUCACAACCCAGAGGUAUUCAACGCCCAUUGCCUGUCCAUUACGCCCACGGUGCUGAACUCAGUACACCUCCGAUCGAUCAGUAAGGAGCAGCAUGAAAAUCACACCACUUCCAAAUUCCAAUAUCCCACUGUGAACUCACCUAGCAAACUUUCCACUAGUAAAUCUUUAGAGCUUAAGAGUCCCGCACUGUACAACUCACACCACCAUCAUCUUCACCUAUCCUCAAAGGAGUCAGGUGUGUUUACCUCAAAUGAAGAGCUUACAAGUGGAAGGUCAGCAUGUGAGACUGAGACAAGGAACGAGCCGGAGCAAGAGGCUCCUGCAAAGUGUGUGACAACAGUCAGGCUCCAGUCAGACUCAUGUUUGAACCAGAAAGGUCCAGAAGUCCCCGAACAAACCAGAAGUCAAGAAAGAGAGACCUGUAGAGAGCUGCCAGAAACACCUGCCUGCCUCGGAGACUUCAGCUCACAGUCUGAGACUUUACAGCAACAACACUCUGAAGAAGAAGAAGAGGCGUAUCCUCCUCCUCCUCCUCCUGUCCUACACAGUUCCCCCAAUAGACCCAGCAGUCAGGAUAAAGUGCCUGCUACUGACAGUCAGUUGGAGACGCUGCAAAGCAGUCCAAUCAGCAAUGAAGACAGCAAAGAAAUGGAUUCAUUGGGCGAGUCAUCCGAAUGUAUCUCACAGGAAAGCAAGGACUCCAUGCCAGACAUGGAGGACUAUUUUAGUAAAGACUCCACUCUCAGUGACAGCACUCUGUCCUCAGUGCAUGAUGAGUCAAGGCCAGAGGAUGACACCGUGUUUCUGUCCCCCACUAAAUCUCGCACCACUGAGGAUUUAUUCGCUAUGAUACACAGGUCUAAAAGGAAAGUGUUGGGGAGAAAAGACUCUGCCGAGUUGGGUGUGAGGAAUCGCCUUGGUGGCGCUUCGUGGAACACGCCACCUAACAGCACUGCAAGCUCCCCUAUCUCUGUGGCAUCACCUUCCUCCGCUGUGACCCCACCUGGCCUGCACAGAGUCCCCGGUCCCAUCUACAGGAAUGCAAAAAAGUCCAGCACCUCCAACGAGGAGUUCAAACUACUGCUGCUUAAGAAAGGAAGCCGCUCCGACACUAGUUACCGCAUGUCAGCUACAGAGAUCCUCAAGAGUCCCAUCACCCCUAAAUCACUUGGAGACACUCUAAUGGAGUCACCCAGACACCCCGACGACAACACCUUCCCUCAGCAGCAGCCCCAAUCAGGACAAGACCACCUUUCCAGCCCCUACUUGAAAACCAACGCAGAGGGCUUUUCACCGAAAUCCUUCCAUACAUCUGCGGCCUCAAGGCAGGGACGCUCCAGGAUCCCACCACCUGCCAACAGCAGCCGCUACAGCAUGCGCAGCAGGCUGUACUCAACGCCCAUGCAGGCCAUCUCUGAGGGUGAGACAGAGAACUCGGAUGGGAGCCCUCAUGACGACCACUCAUCGCAGGGCUCCACAUAAAAAAAAAAGCAAUAAUUAAGUAAUUUUAUUAGUUUACAGCAA